AUGGCGGACAUAGAUGAUUUUGAGCAAGCCAUGAUAUCUGUGGAUCAAGUAUUUUAUGAGGAAGAAAUGGGAUUAGGUUCAGAACCUUUACGGACAAAAAAUGAGAUUACUGAUAUAAUAAUCAAUAAAACUACAUUGGAAAUUAAACCUGAUAUGCAUCUAACAGAAAUUGGCUUUAUACUUCAUGUAGUGAAAAACCAAGUGGUUGUUAAACCUAGUGUUACUGGUGAAUGUAACAUUUUGGAUGUGGGAACAGUUUUAGUUCUAGAUAAUAGGGAGCUUCUUGGUGAAAUCUUUGAGACGAUAGGUCCAGUAACACAUCCAAUGUAUGUGGUUCGUUUUAAUGACUCAUCCGAAAUUAACAAGGAGAAAGUCAUAAAAGAUGCAAAAGUUUUCAGAGUUAAUGAAUUGUCACAUUUUGUAUUUAUUGGGGAGAUUUCUGUGCAUAAAGGAUGCGAUGCGAGUAAUUUAUAUGACGAAGAAGUUAAUGAAGAGGAAAUUGAAUUUUCUGAUGAUGAGAAAGAAAAAUUAUAUAAUACAAUGCAAAAGCGUAAAAUGAAGGAGUAA